GCAAAUGUCUCUGCAGGAAGAGCUCGAAAACCGCAAGGCUCGUCUUGAGGCCCUGAGAGCGCGUAAAGCAGGACAGGGCAACGAGAAUGGAGAGCUAGCUACCCUUGUCAGUCAUCGAAAUUACGACCCUGCUACGCGGACGUUACGCAAGCACGGAAGGAAUGGCGAUACGGACAUAGAUGAUACAGUAGAGAAGAAUGUCCAAGGGUUGGCGGAGAAGAUAGUCGCGGAGGACGAGGAACGAAGAGCACAGGAUUUAGAUUUGUUCAAUAUUGCGCCGAAGAGAGCAAACUGGGAUCUGAAACGCGAGAUGGAGAAGAAGCUUGCGAAGCUGGAACGCAAGACGCAGGAGGCAAUACAUACGCUCAUCCGUCAACGAUUAGCUGCACAAAAGGGUCAAUCAGAUGACAUUGUGGGCGCAAUGCGCGCCCAAGAGCGUGCGGACGAUGAUGACGACGAUGAGGAUGACUGAAAUCCCGCGCAUGCAAGCCCGCAAGCAUCAAUGCUGGCUUGUGUAUGCGCUUGCUGGAGUUAUUCACAACUUGCACACAACGUUCGAUAGUCGUCCAGCGCCCCCGAUCCAACUACAUCAAAAGGCAACGGAAGCGGCGGCCCGCUCCUAAUCUCGCUCGUUUGAGCAUUCCGGGGGCAAACGGGCGAGCUCUUCCUCACCCGGACUACAUCACUUGCAUGAAAUUUGGCUAUCCAUAUGCAUGAGACGCACCCGGAUCGACUCCGUAGGAAAUUGUUAUUCACAGUCGAGAGCAUCGUAAAUGCUGCUUAGCUUCGGGCCACGCGUCUAAGUGACUGUGCAACCUCGUGAUACUAU